CGCCGCCAUGUUCGACUGGAUCUGGCCGCAGAAGUCCGUCAAGGGCGACGUGGUGGUCAUCACGGGCGGCGCCAUGGGGCUGGGGCGCCUCGUGGCCUUGCGCUUCGCCGCGCUGGGCGCCGUCGUGGUCGUGUGGGACCUCCACAGCGAUCUGGGCCCCCAACUGGUGCAGGAGAUCGAGGCGGCGGGCGGCUCCGCGCGCUUCUACGAGGUGGACGUGACCGACCGCGCCAAGGUCUACGCCACGGGCCAGGAGGUGCUCAAGGAGUUCGGCGCCGUGGACAUCCUCGUCAACAACGCUGGCAUCGUGGGGGGCCGCCCCGUGCUCGAGUCCUCGGACGCCAUGAUCGAGCGCACCAUGGCCGUGAACGCCACAUCGCACUUCUGGACCAUCAAGGCGUUCCUGCCCAUGAUGGCCAAGCGCAACAAGGGCCACAUCGUGUCGGUGGCCAGCGCCGCCGGGAUCUUCGGGUCCCCCGGGAUGGUGGACUACGGGGCCAGCAAGUUCGCGGCCAUCGGGCUCAUGCUCAGUCUGCGCCAGGAGCUGCAGGCCAUGGGCCUCUUCGGCGUGCACACGACCGUCGUGUGUCCGGGCUUCAUCACGACGGGCAUGUUUGAGGGCGUCAAGCCGCCGCCGUUCACGCGGUGGCUCACGCCCGAGUUCGUGGUCGACCAGAUCGUCAAGGCCGUGCGCCGCAACCAGUGGCGCGUGCUGGUGCCAUCCAUCCUGAUGGCCAUGGAGUUCGUGGCCACCAUCAUGCCCAUGUGGUUCGUGGACUGGUUCAUCCGCGUCUCCAAGACGUCGCAGGCCAUGAAGAGCUUCAAGCAGACGCGCACCCACGCGCUGCUCAAGGAGGACUAG